AGACCUCUUCUCGUCAAAUGAACGUGCCAAGCACGUCGUCGACUCGUGGAUACGCUAAAUAUCAAAUCAGGUCAUCAGGAAUGCCACGUGUUCUUGCCAACGAGUCGGACGUAUUCACGCUGGAUGACGUGGAUGUUGACGAGGAGACGGAUGAGUUAAAACCCAAUCGAAUAACAAUAACAAAAGAAGAAGAAAAAAGUCGACUAGUUGAAUGUAAUUUGGAUAGUGAUGAAGAAGAAGAUAAAACUCCACCGAAAGAAGAUGACAAAGGACAAAAUAUUCGACUAUCCAGUAAAAAUUCUUCAACGGUUGAAUCAAAAGAACGAUGUCGUCUUCGUGAUUCAUUUGAUCUAGACAAUGAUGAUUCUCUAUCAGAUGAUCUUGAUCUUCUUCCACCAAUUCCUGGAGCACCAAAUGCUAAUAGUUCAUUGUGUUCAAAGCUUCAUCGUUUUAAUUGUUGUAAUCCAAGAAUUCCAUCUAAAUGCACCAUUAUGUAAAACAUAAUCAUUUCUUUCUUCCUAAAUGAUCUCUACUUUCACACUAAUAAUUGCUUUAUUGAAUUAAUAGAUCUCUUCUCCCUUUUCACGAAAAUCUCAUUUUCCAUUGAAUCUCAAAGUUUAAGGCCAUUGUCACCGGUAAAACAAUUUGAUACCAUUAAUUUUUACUAUUGUGAAUUAUUUUUAUAAAGUAAAUAAAUUGAACAUUUUUGUUCAAACCAAU